AUGAAGCGAGGCAGAACGGACGAGAUUCAGUUUGGGCAACCUAGGCCACAGCAAGCAACAGGACAGCAGCGCAUUAUUACGACCUCGCAGCCUCAUAAUGCCGGUACCGCCGGCGCUGGCUCGACGAUACAGUAUCAAAUCACACCGAAUGUUAUCAAAACGUCUGCUGUUACUCCAUCCGAUUCGGCACCGUCCAUAACUGGCAUAGUCUCCUCGCAGCAAUCGUCACAGCUUCCACCGCAACAAGCGACCAGUGUCCAGUACACGUCUUCUUAUAACUCUCCGAUUGGAGCAAAUCUAAUUAAAGGCCAGCAACAACAAUCGGCAGUUGGUCAGCAGCAGCCAACUCAGCAGCAACAACAAGUUCACGUGGUGAAUUCAACAAACCAGGUUCGAAGCACACCGGGUCAUAAGGCGGCGCCUUCAGGCCCGAAUUCCGGCUCAACCACAGGCACUGGUACCGGACAAGUCAUAGCAAACAUGUCGCCCGGAGUUUUACCAGGAGGGGGCAGCGGUGGCCCUGGCCAGCAACCAACGCAACAGCAGCAGCAGCAGGGUGGUUCCCCGACAGCACCGCAAGGACAGGCUCAGCUGCAGCGCCUGAAAGUGGAAGACGCGCUCAGCUAUCUCGAUCAAGUGAAGUACCGGUUCGGUAACCAACCGCAGGUGUACAAUGACUUCCUGGACAUCAUGAAAGAGUUCAAAUCUCAAAGCAUCGACACACCGGGCGUUAUCCAACGAGUUUCGAAUCUUUUCAAAGGCCACCCGGAGCUGAUCGUGGGAUUCAAUACGUUCCUUCCGCCGGGUUACAAAAUCGAGGUGCAAGCCAACGAUCAGGGCUACGCCUUCCAAGUGUCGGUGUCGGUGCCCUCGACCUCGACCGGUACGUCGGUCGCUCCGACGCCAUCGCCUCACAAGUACAAUACCAUUUUCCAGGGCGUUGGCCAGAUUGUGCAAGCAACAGCCGGUGGCGGCGGAGGAGGGGCUUCGAGCAAUCCCCCGAAUCCGACGAGUGCACCAACGAUGGGUGUGAAUCUCAUGUCUUAUGGAACCGCCGGUGGUGGUCACUCGGUUGCGGGGGCUACAACUACCACCGCCGGUGGCACUGCAGCUGCUGCUAUCGUGCCCGUGCUCAGUGGAACCAUGCAGCAACCGUCGUCGGGUGCGUCGGCGAUCACCGUUAAUGCUGCCCCGGUGGUGGCACCUCAGAACGCUCAGCCAUUACCAACGAUUGCGGCAGCCACCAUAGCACCGCAAAUGGCGCAAAAUUUCGCCACACGUGACCAUCGUGGCGGCGAUCUCCACCAUCGGGAACGCACUAUCUCCACGGGUGGCUCCACAAGCAAUGCUAGCCUACCGACAACAGUUACCGCUGUAGUGGACACAUCGACGGUGACGGUUGUUGCAGGCGGUGGUCAACCGCCGCAAUCUCAGCAAAGCAUCCACCGCAUGAUCUCGCAGCAAGUCAUUACUCAACAACCAACGACGGCCGGUUCCAUCGUUCCUCCGACGGCUAUGGUGGCGGCCAUACCACCAUCACAGCAGCAGCAGCAACAACAGCACCACCAGCAGCAAUUACAAACGGCAGCAGCCCAGCUAGAGGGAGCCACGGGUCAGCAGAUAGUGGUGCCGGGUGGCGUGGUCGUUCCUACGUCCGCACCUCCGAACACGCCCACAGCGAACCAGCCGGUCGAAUUCAAUCAUGCCAUUACGUAUGUUAACAAGAUCAAGAAUCGGUUCCACUCGCAGCCGGAAAAGUACAAAAGAUUUCUCGAGAUUCUGCACACCUACCAGAGGGAGCAGAAAACGCAGAAGGAAACGGCCCAAAGUGGCAGCUCGUCCAACGCCAAACAGCUGACCGAAGCGGAGGUGUACACGCAAGUGGCGAAGCUUUUCGAUAAUCAGGAAGAUUUGCUGCGCGAAUUCGGUCAGUUCCUGCCGGAUGCAACGGGCAACCAUCAGAAUCAAGGGAGCGGUGUAAUGUCAGCCGCCGGAGUUUUGCACGGCACCAACAAGAAUCAUAGUCUGUCGACGGCACACGAUUCGCCGCUACAGCACCACGCCGCACAUCAGCAGCAGUUGAGUGUUGCUGGCGGCGGUACAGGAAACGUUUCGGCCACUGGAGGAACACUGUCGGGUGGAACUGCUGUGCAUGGGAGUGGCAAAAAGCUAUCAAACAGUGGCGGUGGUGGUACCGGUGCCGGCGGAAUGGGAAUCGGCCAUAUGAAGAACUACAGCAGCUUGCAUUCGAAUUUGAUACGCUUGCAGCAGGAUCGCGACUACGCCACGGUGGCAGCGGCCUGUGGGGACGGGAAAGACUACGCGAUCGUUACACCAAGUGGAACAACGGGGCUUCCUUCCGGAGGCGGCGUUGGUGGCUUACCCUCCAGAGGUGCAGGAGGGGUGCUGUUGGAGAAGGACCGAAACCAUGUGGCCAGCGGUAGCGGGAGCAGCUUGAACCAGAAGUAUAUCCAUAACGCUUCGAUGGGAUCGCUCGGGGGAAGUAUGUCGGGCGCAGGCAAUGUGCUUCCACCGGGGCUGUCCGGUGCUGGCGGCAGUAUGGGGCCGCAUGUCAUGUCGAACAUGUCCCACGGCGGAGGCGGUGGUGCCAUCAAGCGUUCACCGUCGUACUCAUCGCAAAUGGUAUCGAUCGGCGGGAUGGCGGGCAAUCUGUCGUCGCCGCGUGAUCAUCGGGCCGGAGGAGUCGAUGGCGGUCUUGGUGGUCCGCCCCCCAUUAAGCGUCAUAAGCCGAUUUGUCGGGACGUGUCGCUGGCGGAGGCGUCCAAGUACGGGACACUGAACGAUUAUGCAUUUUUCGACAAGGUCCGCAAAGCGCUACGGAGCCCCGAUGUGUACGCCAACUUUCUCCGUUGUCUGACGUUGUUCAAUCAGGAGAUUGUAUCGAAAUCGGAUCUUUUAACGCUGAUCACACCGUUCCUGAGCCGCUAUCCGGACUUGCUCAAGUGGUUCCAAGAUUUCGUGGGCUCUCCCAGCGGAGCGGCCACCGAGUGUGUGCCACUGUCGGCGGCAGCGGCAGCCGCCCAGCGACAGGAUCGCUCCCAGAACGAGCUGGCGACGGAUAUUGAUCUGUCGACGUGCAAACGACUUGGCGCCAGCUACUGCGCACUGCCCAAGUCGCACGAAAAUGUCAAGUGCACCGGUCGGACCAGUCUGUGCCGGGAUGUGCUGAACGAUACGUGGGUUUCGUUCCCGACCUGGUCGGAAGAUUCCACGUUCGUCACGUCGCGCAAAACGCAGUACGAGGAGUUUAUCUAUCGAUGUGAGGACGAACGGUUCGAGCUGGACGUGGUGAUCGAAACGAACAGUGCCACGAUUCGGGUGCUCGAGGGAGUCCAGAAGCGCCUGACGCGAAUGUCGCAGGACGAAAUCAGUCGGUUUCGGUUGGACGACUGUUUAGGUGGAACGUCACCGACGAUACACCAGCGGGCGCUGAGGCGAAUCUAUGGGGAUAAGGCGGCGGACAUUAUUCAGGGGCUCAAGAAGAACCCAUCCGUUGCUGUACCCGUCGUGUUGCGGCGCAUGAAAGCAAAGGAAGAGGAAUGGCGCGAAGCGCAAAAGAGUUUCAAUAAGCAAUGGCGUGAGCAGAACGAAAAGUACUAUCUAAAAUCGUUGGAUCACCAGGGUAUCAACUUCAAGCAGACGGACAUCAAAGCUCUCCGUUCGAAAAGUUUGUUCAAUGAAAUUGAGACACUUUUUGAUGAGGUGAGUUACAUGAAGCGUCACGAGCAAAUCGAAGAUUCGGGUGUCUCGUCAACGCAAGCCGGUGGUGGGCCACACAUGACGAUACCGUACAAGGACAAGACAAUACUCGAAGAUGCAGCAAAUUUGCUAAUACACCAUGUUAAGCGCCAAACUGGCAUCCAGAAGCAGGAGAAAGCACGGAUAAAGCACAUGCUGCGCCAAUUUGUGCCGGAUUUGUUCUUCGCCCCCCGGCAACAGCUGAGCGAAGACGAACGGGAAGAAGACGACAAAGAUAUGGAUGUCGACCAGGAUGAAGAUGAUUGUAGUAGUGGUGCCGGGACGAAACCUUCCUCUUCAAACACGAAGAAAGCAACUGGUAACAGUGGCUCAACAGGCAAUAGCAAUGCCACCGGUUCUACCACUGCGUCAGCUACGGAACUGUCAUCAUCCAAAGAGGAGUGUGGCAAUAGCGGUUCCUCAGAAGGCGGCAGUACUACCGGUUCGAAGGUUGUGGGGUCUUACGAGUCACCGACAAUGGUGGCACCGGCAGUUAAUAGUGCUGGCGCGACAGGCGCCUCCGCUUCUUUCACCACACCAACCACCACUUCUUCGUCGUCGUUGGGAGCAGAAAGUACAAACAGCUGCAGCAGUGUUGUCCCCGGAGAAGCAAGCAACAGCAGUAGAAACAGUGCUUCCGGAACUGCUGCUACUGCUACGCCUGAGAGCGGUUCGACCGAUAACCAGCUUUCGAUAAAAACAGAAAUUAAGGAUGAAAAUGAUGUGGCCGGUGGUUCAUCACAAGACCAAGGCACCGGUGGUCGACAGCCCAUGAGUCCGCCUCCGUUACCGGCGCACGCCCUUGGCAAACAUAUUGAAGAGGCGUACACGCUGUUCUUUGCCAACAACAACUGGUACCUGUUCCUGCGGCUGCACGCGAUCCUGUGUGAGCGUUUGCGAACGAUCUACGAGCGGGCCCAAAUCAUUGCCGCGGAGGAACGUGCCUACGAGAGCACCCGCAACAACAGCACCGCCACGGCGCUGCGCUUGAAGCCGAAAAGCGAAAUCCGCAUCGAAGAGUAUUACAGCACGUUCCUGGAGAUGCUAAAGAAUCUGCUCGAUGGAAACAUGGAAUCGAGCAGCUACGAGGACACCCUCCGGGAGAUGUUUGGAAUCCACGCGUACAUUGUUUUCACACUGGACCGGGUUGUGCAAAACGCGGUGCGCCAGUUGCAACACUGCGUCACGGAGCGGGGCGCCCUCGAGUGUGUGGAUCUGUUCCAGAACCGCAAAGGCACCGUCGGUGGUUUGUGUAGGACCGCAAACCGUCGCAUUGCUGCCGAGCUCGCUUACCAGCGAAAGGCGGAGGCCUCGCUGCAGGAUGAAAACUGCUACAAGAUUUAUAUCUAUAAAAUUGACUGUCGCGUCACGAUCGAGCUGCUCGAUACCGAGUCGGAAGAUACGACAAACAACUUCGUUAACUCACAAGCGUACAGUUCGUACGUCGAUCGGUUGUCGAAUCCGACGGCCGGUGCCGGCACUGGUAGUGAUAGUGGCGCCGGUGGAGACGGAGCUACUGGCAGCAGUGGCGGUGGCGGCGGCAGUACUACACUCCUGGACAGCGGCAAUGCUAGGAACAAUCACAACACAAAUGUAGCAAACUCCGUUGCGAAAAGCAAGGUCGAGGAAGGAGGAGGAACUGCUGAAGGUGCAGAGCCCGAAAUUAAAAUCGAGAAACCGGACGACGAGUUGCGUCAUCCCGUGAACGCCGUCACACAACGCCAACUGUUCUUGGCCCGAAACUUGCGCCAUUUCAAGAAGUGCAAUCGGCACGAUAAAAAACCACAGCCAGUGACCAUCGAUGGUAAAAGCGCGACGGACGGUUCUACGACAUCGUGGCCGGUGGUACCUUCGGAUUCGGAAGAUACUGUUUCUGGUGAGGACACGACUGCCGGGGAGCGAGCUAACCUGAAGGUUUCAAAAUGCACCACUGUAAAAGGGGGAACUCCCAUGGCCAAUGAUAGCGUUAACUCUGAACAAACGCUCGAUUCAAAGCAUGUCACCUGCAACGACGACGAUGACAAAACGAAAACUGGAACAGUGGCACCACCACCGUACACGACGACUAAUGCUACCACCGUUCCACCGAAUGCCUUAUCAGCAGCAGCAGCUAGCGCAGCUGGCAGUGGUGGUGGUAGCGCGGGAAAAGGAACUAGUAACAUGAACAACAACAACAACAUCAACAAUAUGAACAACAACAGUAUCGGUAGUGGCGGCGGAAGUGGCAAAAAAUCCGACAAUCCGCUGUGGUACGGCAGCAGCAGCGCCAGCUGCACCACCACUAGUAGUGGCAAGAAAUCGUCCGCGCCGGAGCGAUUAUCGAGCAUGAACGGAGAUCACAGUCUGUACAUCGACGAUACGGAGCAACUGAAGAUGGACAAUCAUUUUAAAGCGUCCAAAGUUCGAAACAAAAAAUAUACGAUGUAUCGAGUCGGUUCGUUGUCGCGUGCAUACAAGAGCCACCCGGCAGUUACGAAGCGAAAGCAUAGGAAAUUCAGCGCAUUUGUGAGCAGGUGGCUGGAUCGGAACGUAUCGUCCACGCAGCGUGACGUGUGCACCGACUGGUUGCUAGGCAGACAGACGACGACGGCGGGUACGGGGACGACGACAACGACGACGCAAAGCUUAACCACCACCGUGGUCGUACAGAACACCGACCUUAACCGCACGCCGUACGUAACGUACAAACGCUACAAAGUUGAGAGCGCAGAGUACAGUUGAGUCAACUUUAUUUAAGUGUCGUAUUCACCAGCAGUCGACUACACCAAACUUUUCGUGAAAGUACGAAGAGAAAAGCGCUUUGAUAUGAGGGAGACAAAACUCGAGCAUUUUCAAAACGAUGAACAUUGUUUGUGUCACCAACUUAACCACCCCCUACCCGGACACACAUAAGUUAACAAUAACUGAAUCAGAAUUAGAAUUUGUACCCCUGAGUCAGACAGACUUCAGAAUUUAUAUGGUUGAGCAGAAUUUGUUCAUGCAAUUUAUUUGAAAUUUAAAUCAAUGAACAUGUAUAGCAAUUGUGUACAAAGUAAGUAUGGAAAAUAUUUAAUAUGAUGGACUUGUCCAAGUUUAGAUUAAGGUAAAUCUACUGUAAAGUGGGGAGUGUAUAGUGUCGAUGAGCAUACAAGAUUCUUACUAACGUGCCGCGCGCCCUGCCCUGCACGACAGACAUUUACAUUUACUUCACAAAAACUUUGCUUCCAAUACCUUUCCGGUAGAGUGUACGCAAGUGGUCCUUCGGGAUAAUUAAUUAUUGUUUUAAAUAUAGGGAUAAAUCCGGCACAAUGAUGACCGAAACGUGUGAUCGGAUGCAACAUGCCAUAUACUUGGGGCAUUUCAAUCAUGAUAGGACACAAAAAAGAAUGCAAUAAUUAUGUGGUUAUUAACGUAUAAAACCAAAAUAUGUGUGCUAUUUUGAAAGGAGUGAGUGAGAGACAAUUUCGACCAUCAAAGAGCAUCGUGGAGCAGCGCGCAGGGGUGGCAGCAUCAUGUUAUUAGUGACGGAAAGCGCAUGACGAGAGGGACGUUAUUGUUUAUAAAGAUUUCGCUAAAAACAA